AUGGCCCGCGGCGCCAACCCGACGUUCCAAGGAGCCCCCAAGCUGACCAAGUCUCGUACCCCACAGGCAACCGACAGAGCCAGAGAGCUGGACCGCCUAUAUCAGAUGCGAAACCCAGGCCCGCGCCGGGGGCAUGCGCCGCAGAUAUCCAUCAGCGAUGACAGCCACCACGUCACCGAGGCCAUAGGCGACAUGUACGGCGGCGACAGCGACACCGACGCCCCCAACCGCCGCAGCCUCCGACCCCUAAGCUUCGUCCCCAGCCCCAACGGCGACUCGAUCCAGUCCUUUGGCGCCUUCGAGGCCUUCGACCCCUUCCCCAACGCGCCCCCCGCGAGGUCCCCGCUGCGUCCCCAGAUGUCCUUCGAGAAGCCCCAAACGCCCACGAGCCCCAAUGGCACCGCCAACAUGACCCAGAAGCGGGCGUCGGUCGGGCGACACCCCUCGAAUGGCGGCCAGAUGUCCCCUCCGCUGUCCCGCUCGAACUCGAACGCGGCGUCGCACCAGUUCCCGCUGAACAACCUCGACUACGAGAACAGCCCGGCGGGCCUUGCCCAGGAACUGAGCAACCUGCAGGCGAUACGGAGGAUGUCCAUGGGCGUUAACAAUGCCGAUCCCGAUCUACCCUCGUUCCAGUCCGCAAACUCACCGCCCUCCCCACCGGCCAUGUCGGAAGAGGACGAGUCGAAACUCUUCUGGGUACCCGCACGGCUGCACCCCGAACUGGCGCCCAUGGAGUUCAAGACGUUCAUUGAAGACAAGAUUGACAGGACGAGACGACGCUCCGGAGACUCGGACUCGCUAUCUCCGGAUGGCGCCAUGGGGCGUCAGGGCUCGGGGGGAGGGCUGCGGCGGAAGAAGUCCAUGCUGUCCAGGCAGAUUGAUACUGGCUCUGGCUACAAGGACGGCGCCGAGAGGCUGGAGAGGAAGCGAUCCGGCGCGCAGCCCAACGGGGGCUUGUCGAACCUUCAGGAGCUCGAGCACAUACAGGAGGACCCGGUGGCCUUGAUAAGACGGAUGAGCAUCGAUCAAAAGGGCAUGGCGGGGGAAGGGGAAGAGGGCGCCGACGGUAUGCCCAUUGUGCCGGGUAGCAAGAUGCGUGGUCUGGGCACGCUCAAGAGAUCAACACACACUACGUACAGACGAGGCAGUCUGCGGAAAGGCGGCCCGCCCCUCUCACGGCGACUCGUCUCUGGUCGACAAGGAGACACAGACACGGAAGAUUCCCCGUCCACCUCGCCCGUCCACUCUACCGAGAGCAUUCCCGAAGUCCCUCCUCUCCCAGGUCUCAACCGCGUUCAAUCGGAACCCGUUAACUCGGCGUUUGAAGGAUCGUCCAACAACUUCUCGCGGCCUGGGGCAAAGCGGGCAUCUCCCAGCUAUGGCGGCGAGAGACCAGGUUCAUCUGAAGAAUACCCCAGGUCAGCUUCUACUGAGCCCAUAUCCCAACAGGAACGAAGCUCGCCGCAGCCCAGGCAGUUCCACUCGAGAAUCGCUUCCAACGGCCGCACGACUGCACCUUUGCCAGGCUACACACCUCCGCCGCAGCAGGUACCCCAGAUCAUCGAGACACCACCGCCACAAGAACAGAACCGAACACCUCAGUUUCAGCUACCCGAACGUCACUCCUCCCGCCAACCUCCGCCUCAAGUCCAACAACAACAACAACCUGCAGGCCCUCGCCAUUAUCCUCAACCUCAGCAGCAACCUCCGCAACAACAGCGCCAGCCCCAGUCGUCAAGUCGACCGAACCGUCAUGCACAAGCUGCUCAGUCGUCCCCGAUCAAGCCCGCGCAAUCCUUCGAUGAUCUAGUAGCGCAUCCUUCGGCGAUGCCCGGCCAGAACAACAGGGUCGAUUCGUUAUCCAUAAUCCCGAACGCACCAGAAGAGAAGAAGCUCGAACCGAAGGCCAAAGAUAAGAAGGACAAGGAUGGCUCUGAAGGCGGCCAAAGGAAAACGAGCUGGGGUUGGUUUGGCGGUGAUAAGGAGAAGGAAAAAGACAAGAAGUCAAAAGACAAAGACUCCGAAAAAGAAGCCCCGAAGAAGGUCAAGAACAAGCUCAGCAAGUCCCAGGAGAAGGAGAAGGACAAGGGUCAUGAUGACACGAGACUGGACCUCCUGCAGACAUCGAUACAGGGCGGCGGUCGUGGUCGCGAGAGCGUAGUGCUGGAUCGCGAAAGCGUCAAGCUGGAAGAAGAGCGGAAGAAGGAGAGCGCCAGAAAAACAUCCAGCGAAGGCAAGAAAGAGAAGGAGCCUGGACUACUGUCCUCUAUCUUCGGAGGAGGAAAGAAGAAGGGCGAGAAAGAGUCGUCUCACAAGAAGAACGCCUCACGUGGAUUAUCGCCCGAGCCCCCGCCACGCAUUUUAAAGCCCGAUAUCGACUACAACUGGACCCGAUUUUCGAUCCUAGAAGAGCGCGCGAUAUACCGCAUGGCCCACAUCAAGCUUGCGAACCCCCGCCGCGAACUCUACUCCCAAGUCUUGCUGUCCAACUUCAUGUACUCGUACCUCGCCAAGGUCCAGCAAAUGCACCCGCAGAUUUCCAUCGGCAACUCCAAGCAAGCAAAGCAAGCUCAACAGGCUCAGCAACAGCAACAAGCCGCGCAGCAGAAGAAGGAGCAGCAACUGCAGCAACAUCAGCAGCAAUCUCAGCAGCAGGUACAGCAGCAGCAGCAACCGCAGCAACAACAGCAACAGUCGCAGCCUGAGGAGUUUGCCCAGUAUCAGCGGUACCAGCAGCAGCAACAACAGCACGAACAGCAAUCCUCCGAAAAAUCCUCACAAGAAUGGCCCUCCGUACACCAACAACAAGCCAACGGCGGCCUCUCACAACAACAAAACGGUCAACAUCACCAGCAACAUCAACAACAGCAACAACAUGCAAGAGGCGGCUCUCAGCAGGGUAAUUCUUAUAACCAGAACCCGCGUGAUUCGCAUCACUCGAAUCAUAGUGCGAAUGGCGGAGGUGGUGGAUAUAGUGUAGCGAAUACGCAGAAUUAUCUAGGGCAGAGUGGUAAAGGGGGUGGGGGUGGUGGGAUAGGAGGGGGAGGUGGGGGGUAUAGUAAUUAUAGCGAUGAAGAGGGGGGGAAGAGGGGGGAUGACGAUAUGUGGUAG